CGAGGACGUUCGAGCGCGCCAUCACGCACUCUCGCGGCUAUCGCCACCCCACCCCCACCCCGCCCCCCUCUCUCAAAAACCCUCGCCCUCACCCCAACCCUAGAAGGAUCGAUCUCUUCCUCUUUCCUGUACCUUCUUUUUUCUUUUUGGCUAUGGCGAAUACCGAGAACUCUUCUCUCCAUUCCCUCCUCCCUGGCUUCCUCUACUCCUCUUCUUCCACCCGAUCUCUCGCCUUGGAGCGCCUCCUGCGUCGAAGCUCUCGCUCGCCUGUGCCUUCUUCUCCUUCUCCUGCGGUUCCGUCGAUCGGGCGGUCGCCGUCGGGCCCUUUCCUCGCGCAGGCGCCGAGGGAGCCCGGCAAGAUCGAGCUCUACUCACCGCUCUACUACGCCGCCUGCACCGCCGGUGGGAUCGCCAGCUGUGGGCUUACUCACAUGGCCGUCACCCCCCUGGACCUAGUCAAAUGCAACAUGCAGAUCGACCCAGCAAAGUAUAAGAGCAUCACAUCGGGAUUUGGUGUCUUGCUGAGAGAGCAGGGGCUCAGAGGCUUCUUCAAGGGUUGGGUGCCAACCCUGCUUGGGUAUAGCGCUCAGGGUGCAUGCAAGUUUGGGUUCUAUGAGUUCUUCAAGAAGUAUUAUUCAGACAUUGCAGGGCCAGAGUAUGCAGCCAAGUAUAAGACCCUGAUCUAUCUUGCGGGGUCUGCAUCUGCUGAGGUGAUUGCUGAUGUAGCUCUUUGCCCCAUGGAAGCUGUGAAGGUGCGUGUCCAGACUCAGCCAGGGUUUGCUAGGGGUUUGGCUGAUGGAUUUCCAAAAUUUGUCAAAUCUGAAGGUGCUCUGGGAUUGUACAAAGGACUGGUUCCACUCUGGGGUCGUCAGAUUCCUUAUACAAUGAUGAAAUUUGCUUCAUUUGAGACAAUUGUCGAAUUGAUGUACAAGCAUCUCAUUCCCACACCAAAAGAUCAAUGUAGCAAACCGAUCCAGCUGGGAGUAAGCUUUGUAGGUGGAUAUAUUGCUGGGGUCUUCUGUGCUGUUGUGUCUCAUCCGGCUGACAAUCUUGUUUCUUUCCUUAACAAUGCCAAGGGCGCCACUGUGGGUGACGCUGUGAAGAAGCUUGGGUUGUGGGGUCUUUUUACACGUGGCCUUCCUCUUCGGAUUGUUAUGAUUGGUACUUUGACUGGAGCACAAUGGGGAAUCUAUGAUGCUUUCAAAGUAUUCGUUGGCCUGCCAACGACUGGUGGAGUUGCCCCUCCUCCUACUCCCUCUGAGCAUUCAAAAGAAAGCUGAACAAAUUGGGCUGAUGAACUAGCAGAUAGGGUGGAGAUCCUGGUGAAUAAGAUGAUGAGAGCGAUGCACUCCAUUUUGAAGGGGAACUGCAAUAUUCUUUGAAAUCAAAGCAUCCCCCCCAUCUCCACACC